GUUCAAAAUCUCAACAUGCGAGGAUGGGGUAAGAUGCGCCGGCACUUGGCCACGCGUGCCGCUGCGCCACCCCUUCCUGUCUACGAUGCUUUCCAUGCGAUCAUCCACCAGCAAAUCAAUCUUUUGGAGCGCAUGUCGGAUGACGAGUACAUCUUUCGAUGCCCGACGCUCCACGGAACGACGGGCGGUCACAUUCGUCAUGCGCUGGAUCACCUUCGUCGCUCCGUCGACGUACCCCAAGACGGAGUCAUUCAUUAUGACAUACGAGAUCGAUUGACGCAAAUUGAGACGAAUCGCGAGGCGGCGCUAGUUGAAAUGGAUGCGAUUCAAACGUUCGCGUCGCGCGUUGCCGACACAACGUCCCUGUCGAAGGAGGUGCAAGCUGCGUUUCGGCUGUCGGCCGAAGGAGACGAAGUGGCGCUGCGAUCAACUAUUGAAAGAGAAAUGGCGUUCGCCGUCCAUCACGCGAUCCACCACCACGCUUUGAUCAAGGUCAUCAUGACCAGCCACUUUCCCCACGUCCCGCUGCCGCCUGCGUUUGGCGUUGCGCCAUCGACUGUUCAUUACGAGGCUCACCUGGCCAAGCCGGUGCCGUGAGCGCCUCCGGCAUGCCGCAACAUUCCUCUCCUGGUCACGAUCCGCCUGCUCAAGGGAUAUAACUACACUAGUUUUGAGUGAACUUGCUUUUAAGCGCAAGAAUAAAACUACAGUGAACCCCGGAA